AUGGACCAUAAUGAAGUUCUGGCACAAUACUGCCAGUUGCAACAAGUUUUCCUGGAUUCAAUUCAGAUUCAUUCUAAAAAAACUGGUUUGCGUUUAAAUGCUAGCCCAAAUUACGAAAUUAUAAAUCAUGUGAUACCAGGCUGGAAAUAUUCAAAAGAACGUUUGAAGAAGCAUCCAUUUGUUGCUAAAGUUUUACGUGCUAAAAAAGUUAUUUGUAUAUGUGAUGCGGCGAUUAAACUUUCAAGAAAAUGGAAUGAAGAUUAUAUUAAUUGUCAUACUAGAAGUAAAGGUUGUAAACGAGUUGAAGGUCAAAAAAUAAUAUAUGAUUAUUUUAACGUUACUAAUAAAAAAUAUGAUGAUGAUGAUUCUGAUGAAGAGUAG